UCAACCGUGGCUCGACCAUUUCCCUGUAUAGACACUAGAGGAACCAAACCAUCCUCCACAUUUUUGGUCCACAAAAAUGGCUGCGGCCACUCUCUCCAUCCGCCCCAACCGCUUCUCUCCUGGUUCACCCUUCUCCCGGCCACCGGUCCAUCUCCCAACCUCCACGGCAACCACUACACAAAUAAAGUCCUCCAAACCUUGGAGGACCAUAAUCGUCCCAUCUUUUCGCCGCCCCUUACGUGCGGGUGGCGCGCGAGCCGGUUCCCGAGCCGAUGACUCUGCGCCGUUUGAGAUGUCGGUCGAGAACGCUCUCAAGCUUCUCGGGGUCUCCGAAAGUGCGUCUUUCGACGACAUACUUCGCGCCAAAAAAGCCGUUAUUGCUACGUGCAAGGAUAACAAGGAAGCGAUUGCGCAGGUUGAGGCUGCAUAUGAUAUGUUGCUCAUGCGAAGCUUAACUCAACGUCGAGCUGGAAAGGUUGCAAAUAGUGGCAUCCGGUAUGCUGAUGUCAAGUCAGUAAGUGGCCCUGGGUUGGGAUCAUUACCUCAGUGGCUGCAGACAACUAUGAAAAAUACACCCAUUUCAUCGGAAACACCAUCAGCUGGUGAUUUUGGAAUACAAGCAGGAGCAUAUGGAGCUUUGAUGGUUUUAACCUACGUAAAUGGAACUACCACCUCAUCUGUGGCAUCUUAUGCUGGGGCUGAUGUUCCUGGGCUAAUAUUGGCUACAAGUUUUGGUGCUUCCUUGUACUUCAUGACCAGGAAGAAUGUGAAGUUAGGGAAAGCCACUGUAAUAACUUUAGGAGGACUCGUGGCUGGAGCUGUGGUGGGGUCCGCAGUUGAGAAUUGGUUGCAGGUGGACAUUGUGCCAUUUUUUGGUAUACAUUCCCCUGCCGCUGUAGUUAGUGAAUUCAUUAUCUUCUCUCAAUUCUUGGUUUCCCUCUUUCUAAGGUAGGGUUAAGAGGAGUUCGUAAUUGUAACUGAAAUAGAUUCAUUUGCAUGAUCAUAGCCAAGCUUUUUUCUAUUAGGAUGUGUAUCAUUGCAUGUUGUACAAAACCACUAAUAGAAUGUGCUGAAACUUGAAUAUAUCUGAAUUGUGUUUGAGAAUUACAAUAAGCAUGUACUAGAUUUUUUUGUUGCA